AACCAUGAACGCGACAGCUGAUAUUUGUGAUUUGGCUGAUGUGUCGUCGAUGUGGUUGAACGCGAUAGCCAGCGAUAGCGUUGGAUAAGUUACAAAUUGUUACUAUUGUUGGUUAAAUAAUUCGAAAAUCCAAGUAUCGUAUUAUAAUUGAAAGAAAAGUAACGAGUAUGAAUGUAAUAAUAAAUAAUUGUAAACUAACAAUGAGGAUAGCCGGCAAUUUAUUGAAGAACCGUGAUAACCUUUCGAGAAGAUAUGCCACUACUAUAGCCGACUACAAAAUUACUUGGGUACGACCAGCGAAAGUCUCGAAUAUAUCGUUUGAAAAGUCGGGUGACCAAGGGUUAGACAUUCAUGUAAAAUCAUCUGAUUUUGGCAAAAUGUACAACGAGUUACCUGAACUGCAAAAUGCUAGCGAUAUUGUUAAAAAGAUGUUUACGUUACAAUUUCUACCUCGCAAAGAAACGAUUAAUGUCAGGAGGGAGAAGGUAUUAGAAUUGGUCAAAAGGCACAGAUUAGAUCGAAAAUCGCCAGAAGCUCAGAUUGCCAUUAUGACUAGCGAUAUACAUCAGCUGCAACAAUAUUUAACAGAAAAUCCCAAGCAUACGACAGUAAAGGUUCAAUUGCUGGAAACGAUAGCGAAGCGAAGGAAAAUGUUGAAAUUCUUGCGACGAUGGGAUUAUCGACGUUUCGAAUGGAUCUUGGAGAGACUCAAUCUUGUUUACAAACCGACACCCGAAUUACCACAUCAGAUUACCAGAAAAGAUUCUUUAAGACGAUUAACAGAAAAGCAUUGUGACAAACUUGUGCAAGAAAAAUUACAUGUUUACAAAACAGAAUUGAAAAAGCUGCAAAAGGAUUUUUAUAUAGAAAAGGCAGAGAAGCUUGCGUUUAUCAGGGAGGAAGAAUUAGCAUGUGGAUUACAACCAUCGAUCAGUGAAGAGGAUAUCGCAUGCGCCAAGCAAAAAGCAAGGGAAUAUGAAACCGAUGGGAAAAUAUAACUUGAGAACUAGAUAAGAGUAAACAAAAAUUACCGUCGAUAUGUAUUUUUUUACAUUUCAUUUUGUCAACAUCUAAUUGCGCAACAUUUGUUUCCAUUAUUUAUAAUUUAUGGUAACCGAUUUAUCAUAACUUUGUAUCGAAUUGGUUGAAAAAAGUGAUUAUGACAAAA